GGCAGAGCAUAUGGCCCCAGGUUCCUGUACAUGUGGCCUAAUUCCCGGAUCUCUGUGAUGGGAGGGGAGCAGGCAGCCACAGUGCUGGCCACCAUAACUAAGGAUCAAAAAGCCAGGGAAGGAAAAGAGUUUACUGUAGAGCAGGAAGCUGCAAUGAAAGAGCCAAUUAUCAAACGCUUUGAGGAGGAAGGAAACCCAUAUUAUUCCAGUGCCAGAUUGUGGGAUGAUGGGAUCAUUGACCCUGCCGACACUCGACUGGUCCUAGGCGUGAGUCUGAGUGCUGCUCUCAAUGCUCCUACACAGAAAACACGCUUCGGUGUCUUCAGAAUGUAAAUCUGGUUUUGUAAAGAUUAGACAUUUUUAAUUAAAUCAAUUUACUAUGUCUUUUGGGCAGUACACACUAACUUUAUAGACUUGUUUUGUCUUUGUAUAACAAUAAAAUCUGUAAAACCAG